AUGUCCAAUGCGCAUUCAGAACAGCCCUCCCCACUUCAACGAAUAGUGACUGAACUUUCAGUAUGGUGGAGGGUCAUUAGUAGGAAGAUGGACAGACAGGAACACACCUGGGUCACUAUUCACGACAGUGAACCGAGAGCAGGACCUGCUCCUCCACGGCCCGACAGUCGAACGGGCAAUAUGCUCUCCAGCAGAAUCCUUGAGGGCCAUGACUGGUCAAUCUCCUCCGACUACUGGGACAGCUCUCGCCCAUAUCGAGCCUGCAUCCCCGUCGACUUGGAAGCGCAUGAACGGUUCCCAGAAGGAAGAUGGCUGUCAGCUCCAUUCACAUUGGGCAGGGAUUGGGGUGCUCAAGAUACGUCGGGCUGGACAUUAACCCCUAUCGUGCGCAAGUCCAGAACCUCCCCCAAGCGCCCAGCUGGCCCUUUGCAGAAGAAGCGUGCGAAGUAUAUUGCAGUUCAGAAGAAAGGAGAAGAGGACAAAGGCCGUCGCAUCUCGAAAAAUGAGUACAAGAGGUUGACGGAAUGGUGUGUCGGGGUGCAUAAGCAGCUACCUGAAGGGGACAUUUUCUAUGCCUACGAGAAUGACGCAGAUGACGAGGAUGACGCAGCGCCCGCAGGAGUAAUCGUGUCGGCGAAGGACUUGGCUGCCCAUGAGGCCAAAACUUUGGCAGCCCUACCGAGAGAGGAGCCCUGGACAUGCCUGGACACCGAGGCCGCUCCAGCAGUAGUAGCGCAAGGUGUUAUGAUUGCAGAGCCUGAGACUUCCCUGGCAGCAGUGACACAAGGUGUUACGACUGCGGGCCAAGUCAAUGAUGAGCCGGCGCUAGUUACAGUAACAGCCCCAAUCGCCAAGGCCAUCGAGGUCCCCAUUACUCCUAAGCCAGUACCAGAUAAUGGUGCUGAAUCUCCUGUUUCAUCAGAGAAAGGAGAAGCUCUCUUCACACCCGACUCUCCUAUGGCCCCUUGGAUACCACAAGAUGAUAACUUCUCGUCAAUGCUUCCUUCGCCCCGGGCCGUUUCACAUCCUUCAUCUCCCCCGGACGCGAGGGUGGUUCUUCCAGCAUCAAUGAAUAGACCUAAGCAAAAAUCACCAAGGCUUUCCUCACCCCAGGCCAUGCCACGAUCCUCAUCUCCCCCUGUUUCGAGGGGAGUUCUCUCCAAGCCAACAGGUGGAUUGACGUUGCGGUUGAGGCAGGGAGGAGCCAGCAAUGCGCUUAUCAACCGCUGGGUCGUCCAUUUCAAGAGGGGACUCGCCGAGAUGCUGGCUUGUCUCCUACCGGCUUAUGAGCGCAGGACGAACCACCCCUACCAGGAGGAGGGUUACCGCUCUCGCUACGUUCAGGGCGAAUCAAAGUACGGUCGUAGACCUGCCCAUGAUUCUUUGCAUGGUCCCUCUUUGUCCUCCAUGCGUCCGCCAAUGGAUUCCACCUCUCAUCGGUCUUCCUUGGCAUCUGUACGCCCUCCUUCCCCUCGUCGCCAGGAACACUUGGCGUUCCCCAGCGAUCAUCCUUUUUUGAAGCGAAAGUUGUCCUCGCAACUUGAAUCUUCAGGGCGCACUGGAGAGAAUAAGAGGUUCUGCCCGGAAGACAGAGAAGCGCAGCGACCAAUGCUGAGUGAACGCAUCAUGGAUGAUUUCAGCAUGGGUCCGCCUUCCUCUUCAUUGCGCUCCUUAACAGACAGGAUCCGCACUGUCCCAAACUUGAGGGCCCCACCUGCAGAGCAGAAGAAGAAGCAGAUCCGGAACCCCCAUGCAGAGCAGGUUCCAACCCUUAUGCUCAGACCACCAAUGUCCCAAGUGCUUCUGCAGCCCCAGGAACUAGUGUCGGCAGGUGAUGGAAUACGGCUCAUAACACAGGCCUACCAGGCUAAUGAGCUACGUAUCAAUGGUCCUCAGGUCUUUAUGCAGGGCAUCACCUUUCUUGCAGCACCAGUACAUCGCUCUGGAUGUUUGAUUACAAUGUUCCGGUCUGCCAUCUGUGUAGCGUAUGACCUCUCGGCUAACCCAAACACAUCCCCAGUGGACUCCAUUCUGACUCUCCUCAGAUGCGGGGUGCCAUUCUGA